UUUUCUAAUACAUUCUGCAAUCAAAAUAUAUCCAAAUUAAAGUCUCGUAAGAUAUAUAAACACUUUUGAGAAGAAAAGCAAAAGCAUGUGUGGUGGUGCGAUUAUUUCCGACUUGGUACCUCCAAGCCGGACUUCACGCAAGCUAACCGCUGAAUUUUUAUGGGGUACUUCCGAUCUGAGCAAGAAAAAGAAAAACCCUAGCAAUUACCACUCAAAGCCUUUGAGGUCUAACUUCAUUGAUCUUGAUGAUGAAUUUGAGGCUGACUUUCAGGAUUUCAAGGACUACUCUGAUGAUGUCAAGUCCUUUGGCUCCAAAUCUGUGAUGUCUGUUGAUUCACACACCGAAGCUGAGAAAUCCUCCAAGAGAAAGAGGAAAAAUCAGUACCGGGGGAUCAGACAGCGUCCUUGGGGUAAGUGGGCAGCUGAAAUACGUGAUCCAAGGAAAGGGAUUCGAGUCUGGCUUGGAACUUUCAAUUCUGCGGAAGAAGCUGCCAGAGCAUAUGAUGUUGAGGCCCGGAGGAUUAGAGGCAAGAAAGCUAAGGUGAACUUUCCUGAUGAAGCUCCAGUGGCUUCUUCAAGACGCGUUGUUAAGCUAAAUCCCGUGGAGGCACUUCGUGAAGAGAGCUUGAACAUAGUUCACUCCAACACCACCUCUAUUAACGACGUGGACAGCGGAUCUGUUGAAUCAUUGAGCUUUUUUGAAGAGAAACCAACACUAAAGCAGUAUGGCUAUGAGAACAUGUGUUUUACUGCUGGAGAUAUGGGGCUGGGCUCAUUUUCCCCUUCAGCAGCUGGUACAAAUGUAUACUUCAGUUCUGAUGAAGGAAGUAACACUUUGGACUGCUCUGAUUUCGGUUGGGGUGAACCGUGUGCAAGAAGUCCAGAGAUCUCAUCUGUUCUUUCAGAAGUUCUUGAAAGCAACGGGACUCAAUUCAAUGAAGAUGCUAGACCAGAGAAAAAACUGAAGUCAGAAGAUGGGAACACUGUGAACACGCUAUCUGAAGAGCUAUCGGCUUUUGAAUCCCAGAUGAAGUUCUUGCAGAUCCCAUAUCUCGAGGGAAAUUGGGAUGCCUUGCUCAAUGCGCCAGAUGCAACUCAGGAUGGUGGAAAUACCAUGGAUCUUUGGUCGUUUGAUGAUGUUUCUUCUUUAAUGGGAGGCGUCUUCUAGGCCAUCAUGCCCUUCCCUUGCUAAGUUUUGUAAAUAACGCUUCAUUUGAGUGAAGUUUGCAGUUGUGUUGUCUUCAAACAAAGACUAUAAUGUGUUGUAUUAAUUUAUUGUAAAAUUUACUCGUGGUUGAUGUCUGCA